AUGUUCAAGCUCGGUCGCAAUCGCGCAUUGGCUUCGGCCUUUGCUGCCCCCAGGCUCACACCUUCCAUCAGAGUGCCGGGGUUUGCGCAACAACGGAGAGCCCUGAGCAUCCACGAGUACCUCUCAGCCGAUCUUCUCACCCGGUAUGGCAUCGACGUCCCCAAGGGCUCCGUCGCCCACACUGCCGCCGAGGCCGAGGCCGUUGCGAGGAGUAUCGGCACCGAUGAUAUGGUGAUCAAGGCUCAGGUCCUAGCCGGCGGCCGUGGAAAGGGCUCGUUCGAUAACGGCCUCAAGGGCGGCGUCCGUGUCAUCUACUCUCCCACCGAGGCCAAGAUGUUUGCCGACCAGAUGAUUGGCCACAAGCUCGUCACCAAGCAGACUGGCGCUGGUGGCCGCCUCUGCAACGCCGUCUACAUCGUCGAGCGCAAGUUUGCCCGUCGCGAGUUCUACCUCGCGAUCCUUAUGGACCGCGGCUCGCAGGGCCCCGUCAUCGUCUCGUCGUCGCAGGGCGGUAUGGACAUUGAGGGUGUCGCCAAGGAGAACCCCGAGGCCAUCACGACCACCUACAUUGACAUCAACGUGGGCGUGACCGACGAGGUUGCGCGCUCCAUUGCCACUAACCUGGGCUUCAGCGAGCAGUGCAUCGAGGAGGCCAAGGACACGAUCCAGAAGCUGUACAAGAUCUUCCUCGACAAGGACGCCACCCAGAUUGAGAUCAACCCGCUCUCCGAGACGUCGGACCACAAGGUCAUGUGCAUGGACGCCAAGUUCGGGUUCGACGACAAUGCCGAUUUCCGCCAGAAGGAGGUGUUUGAGUGGCGCGAUACGACACAGGAGGAUGCCGAGGAGGUUCGCGCCGCUCAGUCGGGCCUCAACUUCAUCAAGCUCGACGGCGAUAUUGGCUGCCUAGUCAACGGUGCCGGACUCGCCAUGGCCACUAUGGACAUUAUCAAGCUCAACGGCGGUCAGCCGGCCAACUUCCUCGACGUUGGUGGCGGUGCCACGCCCGCGGCCAUCAAGGAGGCCUUCGAGCUCAUCACGAGCGACCAAAAGGUGACGGCCAUCUUCGUCAACAUCUUUGGUGGCAUUGUGCGGUGCGACGCCAUUGCCAACGGCCUGAUCCAGACGGUCAAGACGCUCAACCUCAAGAUCCCCAUCAUCGCUCGUCUGCAGGGCACCAACAUGGAGCAGGCCCACCAGAUCAUCAACGACUCGGGGCUGAAGAUCUUCUCCAUCGAUGACUUGCAGAACGCGGCCGAGAAGGCGGUGCAGCUUUCCAAGGUCGUCAAGAUGGCAUCCGUAUACUAA